AUGGAGACAGGCGAAUUUCAAGGCAAAGUCGCUGCCGUGACAGGUGCCUCGGGCGGCAUUGGAGGCACCACGGCUCGUUUACUGGCCCUACGAGGGGCCUCGGUUGCUCUUCUCGACCUGAAAGAUACGGCAAGGAUUGCCGACAGCUUGUCCAAAGAAUUCGGAGUCCAGACCAAAGCCAUUAAAAUGGACGUCACCGAUCCUCAGGCGGUCCAGCAAGUGUUUGCAGAUAUUGUCAGCUGGAAGGGUCGGCUGGACUUUUGUGUUAAUGCUGCUGGAAUUUUCCCCAUCGGAAAUCGGAUCGAUGGUACAGAGUUGGGCCUAUGGACCAAGGUUAUGGAUAUAAAUCUCAAUGGGGUCUUUUAUUGCUUACGAGAGGAGAUCCGUACCAUUCUGCAUCUGGGCAUUGAGGGAUCCAUCGUCAACCUCUCUUCGGAUGCCGGUACGGUCUCAUCAGUUGGUUGUGCACCUUAUGUGGCCUCAAAACAUGCAGUCAACGGCCUCACUAAGUCAGCGGCGAUUGAAUAUGCAAAAUCGGGGAUCAGGGUCAAUGCAGUGGCGCCCGGCAACAUCGACACAGCCAUGAUACAAAAUUUUGGUAUAUCAACGGCAGAUUUGGCCAAGGUGGCGCAGCCAACCGGUAGAUGCGGACGGCCUGAGGAAGUCGCAGAGUUGAUUUGCUUCAUUUUGUCGGACCGGAGUUCCUUCAUGACAGGUUCUAUUGUGGCGAUUGAUGGGGGGAUAACGACUACGGGUUACGGCUCAAGCGACUCACAUGAUGCCUUUACCAGCUGA